UGGAUUUUGCGUUCUAUAUGGUCUACAAUGGUUGGCACUCUUUUCUCGUACCCCAUGUUCUGCAAAGAGGAAUCUCGGUCCAGAAAAUCAUUCUUUUGACAUUUUCAGGAGCAGUAGGGAAUACUUUAAGCAGAUGUGGUGUAGGUGUCAUUACAAACCACCAAUUCAAGCCGAUUGAUGUCUUCAUCCUCGCUACGAUCCUCAACAUCGGUGCUUUACUCGUCGAUGUGCUUGUAGUCAACUAUUACGCUUUGUUGGUGACGUCAUGCUUCUCUGCCAUGUCCGUCGGAGGGAGGGCGGUGGUCACAACCCUUAUUGAGAGGGAAAGGGCUUCUCCCGAUAAAUUCGAUGUCGUCUAUUCACUCGCAAGAUGUACUUCCGGAGGUGGGAUGUUUCUUGGAGGUUAUUUAGGUGGUUUAGUCGCUGACACCUUUUCUUCGUUCAAUGCUACAUUCAUGAUGUUACCGAUCAUUGACGCUGUUGUUCUUAUCCUGAUCUUGGUGAUGAAAUGUAACCCUAAACCUGAUGAUAUUGGCAAUUUUCAGUUGAAAAAUGUGUCCAGUCCUCAUGAUGGAUAA